AUGGAACCCUGUCAUUAUGUCAUAUCUCCUGAUCAUGAUCCUGAAUUGAGUAAUGGUGCGCCAAAAAGUAUUCAAAAAUUAGAAUUGAAACGUGUAGGAAAUAAAGUUGUUACUACGAUUAGAAGCAUAUAG